AUGUUCAUGGCUGAAUGUUUCGAAGGGUUAUCAGUUAUCGCCUUCACUACAGCUUUUCAAAUUACUGGUCUUAUCUCAAAUUUAUUGGCUGCGGCAUUACUUCAUGAAUGCCUUGCUCAUUAUUUGUUGCAACCGUGCAAGGAUCGAAACAGUGUGCCGUAUCCCAGUAAGGUCUUUACAGCUCCAAACACCCCAAGGAUCGAACGGAAACUAACGAGAAUGGGCGGUCUUGAGACUUCCGAGAACUCGGCUUUCUCACCGUACUCUCCACCACAACAACAGUUCAGCUAUGGCAAAGUCGUUUCGCCCCCACCGCUAAUAAAACCACAGCCUCGACUUGCGGUACCGUUGAUUCUUCCUCAGGAAGACCGUUCGGAUUCUUGCAUUUACAAGAAGAUACGCGGUAAACGCAAGGAACGCAGCAGUAGUGUCGGAGAAGUACGCUCACGCUCUCCAAGUCCUCAGCAGCAUCAAUCAACACGAAGUACUGCACGCUCUUCGCCGGUGCCAACAGAAAGGGCGAACGACUUCAAACGAAUACUCAAACACUUUCAGAUAGCCGACAAGCGAGCUCAACUGCCCCGUCGUACCACCAUGGAUUCCAUUCGCAUCAACUCACCCCCAUCCAGUCCGGCUAACUCAAACGACGUUUGGUCUCCACGCAUUCGAAGAAACAACUCUCGAGAAGCAUGGUCCCCAACAAGAAGCCCUGCUGUAACCUCGAGGGACACGUGGUCUCCAGCACAACGCAGCAGCUUAAACUCUGCGCCUAGAAGCAGUCCUUCAUCAAGAGAUACCUCGGGAAGAUCUCGUGCAAGUCUCUCAUCCAUGCAUAGUCCAAUGAGCUUUCUACCCACCAGAGAUCCUUCUCCUAGAUCGAUGCCUAGUCCAUCAUCGGUGCCGUGUCGCGACCCUGCAUCCAGCUCAUCAGAAAAUGCGAAUAGCCACAGCCCACUGAGCCAUACCGGCUCUACCCCCGAACCUGUCGAGAUUACUAUCCGAUCGGCUCCACUCACUGUCAGCGUACCUACACCAAAAAGGAGAAGCUUACCGGGCAGAUGGGUGAAAGAAACAGACAUUGAUGAGCCACUAUCGACGCACUUAAGUCCGAUAGCGUCACCAGUGCAAGAGUUCCAAGAUGCGCAGGCAGUUCCCGCUCCGCGCAGCGCUCCCCUCGCUAGAGUACCAAGCUGUGACAGGCUUCAACCUAAUGGAAAAUCGUCUCAAUCUCGCUACGGUGGAAGCUGUAGAAAAGUUCUCUCUGGUCUGGAUGUGAACUUACCGCAUAAUGGAUAUGUCAGAAGGAGCAAAUCGAAGGAUGAACGAGCCACUAUAGCACUUUCUUCUUCGCCAUGUCGAACUCAAAAAUCAGGUUCUCGCGCUACUCUUCACUCCAUUCCCAUCUUUUUCUCAAACGAAAGUGUUCGUAGCGACCAGCGCAGCCAAAAUGACGCAUCGUCGGGAAAAAAGAGCGUUGAUGUUCAUGACGAUCUACACAAACAAUACCAGCAGAUGGCGCUGUCCCAUGUACAAACUCUGUCCUUGGUAGCUGACAGAUUGGCUGACGACUUGAGCAGAGGGGAAGAACCAGUGUCACGAAAUCAACUUGGGGAGUUGGAGUUUUCCCAUUUCGUCAUGUGCUCACCCCAUCCAAUGCUUACAAAGGGUAAAAGUCUAUUCUACAAUGCUAUAUUGCCGCGACCAGGGUUUUCCGAUUAUCCGGUGACACUGAUGAUAGCGCCAUGCUCCCAAUAUGCUCCUCUAAUGCGACAUAGCGCUUCGCAACUCUUUGCUCUACCUGGCUUCCUAGAACUAGAAGACCAAGAUGGCUCUGUCACCAAAUUUUUGCAUGAGACAGGGACAGUGAAUUUGGAAGGAAGACACACUAAGGUGGUUGCCAUGCCUCGCUUAAACUUAUGCUCCUUUCAUUCUCUUGCUGCUCAUCAUUUGAAUGAGCGAAUGGACUGCGCAGCACAUGAGGAACUUGUAGCUUUCAUUCUGCUUCAAUUACUUGCUGCUCUGAAAAUGCUCCAAAGCGACGGCGUUGAGUCGCUUAGUACAAAUUUUAAGGAGUUCCUUCUUGCCUACCGCUUCGCACCAAAUUCACAAACGGAAAUAUGGGAAUUUCCGCGACUAAUUUUUUUGCCGGAGACCCACGGAGCCGAAAUUGAAAGCGGUGGGGACGAACUUGUUGGACUGUGCCGUUACGCUAUGAGAGCACUAUGUACACUUUUACACCAUAGAAUGGAUGGGAAAGCUCCACCUAUACGCUAUCGGUCAAGGUAUUCAAGCGCGCUAUUGGCAUGCGCUACACUUCUACAGGAGGAUAAAUCGUCCAGCUUGACGAAGGCGAAGAAUGUUCUCGAAGUUGCGCUCUGGGGUGGUGAAACAUGCCGAAGUGAUACAGAGGCUCGCGUCUGGUUGGAUGUGGCGAGAGCGGAAUGUGUGGAUUCCCUGUUGCGUCAGCUUGUCUGCGAACCUGGUUGUCGUCUUGGCGCUCGUGAACGUUACCGCGUUGAAUUUCUCCUUGGUGCCACUCCACGCUCCAUUGUUGAGAGUCAGGCUGCCAUCGUUGCUGCUAAAACGCGAUAAAUACUUAUGGUUUUCUCUCCAAAGUCGAUCUAAUAUAAUAUUUGAGAUUUGAUGUAAUACAAUGUGAUUUUGUUAAUUUUUCGUUGAUGCUUUGGUGCUAGCUGACUAGUAAA